AUCAAGGCUUCACCCACAAACUGCAAGAGCUGCUAUAUGUCUAAAAAGUUGGUUAUCCUAUUUUUCAGAAAUGGAUAAUGAUAAAAUUAUUUUAGAUGUUGUUGAAGAAACAUCUACACCUGAUGAAAAUAUAGAAGGUGAUGAAGAGUUAAAUUGGGUUGGGUUAAUUGAUGAAUAA